UUACGUAACACUCUUCUUUCAAACAACAAUGGACACGAAACUGAGAGCAUUAAAAGUUCAAGAACUAAAAGAAAUCCUUUCAAAGGCUUCUAUACCUCCAGGAAAUGCAAAAAAGCAGGACCUAAUCAACAAAAUUUUGGCCAACCCUCCUGCUAUAGACGUCUUUCACACUCUUCAUCCACCAAAGAACUCAAAACCAGUACCACCACCUGAUCAUGAUGACCUCCUUGCUCCUCCAGAAGAAGUCGACUGGACCGUCGAAGUAUCCAUUCCAGUAGAACCUGCAUCUCCCCCCAAGAAAUCUGAACAGCCUCCUCCAUCACCUGCACCAGCCGCCCCAGCUCCACCUACACUCGUACUCUCAGAAGAGGAUAAGCGCAAAGCUCGUGCAGCUCGUUUUGGUACGACUUACGUUGAACCCGUUCAGCAACAACCCAAAAAGGCUACUGGUGAGAAUUUCGAUAAACUCAAGGCUCGAGCAGAGCGCUUUGGGACUGUCCCUUCCGCCACCAAAGUUAGGGGAAAGCGCACAGCACCUGUCGAGAACGUUGAUCCUGAGGAGCAGGAGCGCAGGAGGAAACGUGCAGAACGCUUUGGUUUGCCACUAUCCGGUAAGGCGUAAGUAUUGUUGGGCUUGUCAUUCUUGAACACUUUUAUUUAUUCUCACUGUUGUUGUUCGUGUAUAUAAGCGCAUAUCUUUUUUUGGAGUGUAGCAUGUAGACGCCUAAUGAUGUAUUUCCGUCCUCUCAGCU